GCCCAGACUGACGUGAGUGGCAUUCUAAGCCUCGCCAGCGCGCCUUCAACACGCGUCCUCGCAACACCGCUGUCCUUUUUUCUGUGCAACGGUAUUCCUUCGGUGACAUUCACCACGCCCGAGGGGAACAUCCACCAUGGCCAGACGAGCGGCCAAUAUGAGUCUUUUGGCAGCAACCUUGGCUGUGUCGAGCCUCGUGUGUUUGUCCCAGGAGUGCCUGCGGGUGCCAGAGAGCAGCCUCGGAUGCGCCACCUUCUCGCUCAUCCCCCCGCAGCCACGCAAUAGGUGCCGACAAAAUUCCCCCGACGGGGAGUUCUUCGUUAAACCCGGCCGCUCCUUCACCUCAAUGCGAGUGCUCAUAACCAUAAAGGCCUUCCUUGUCAUCAAAAAAGAAAUUAGCAUUCAAAUAGCACGCAAUAAGUUAAAUGAUAUAAACAAAUGGUACGAAAUAUCUGUACGUACUAGAUCUAUAGGAUGGCCUGUACCGAAAUACGUGCACGAACUAUAUGUUGAUAACGCAUUAUUCACAACUCAAGAGACUUUAGUAAAUGGCCAUCGUGACUUUCAAAUAUUUGUUCGCGGAACGUUGUCAUAUGGCCCUGAAUGUCAAAAUUACCCGCGCUCUCGCAACAACGAAAAACAACAACACGACGACGACGAACAAAACAGCGACAACCACAACAGUAAAGACGCCGCCACCAAAAAUGGAGAGCGAGGAUCAUCCCGCAGCGAUAGACAUGGAAGACGGCUCGGCUUCGGCCCAAGUACUUGGUCUCGACUGGUGGCUCUUCGUUGUAAUCUUGGUCCUCGUUGCGGCUACUUUACUCCUAAUCUUCGGCGUCGUGAUAGCGAGCAAGCGAAGAAGCCGGCGGAAGGGUCGCGCCGUCGGUACCCAAGGCGCAGUCGGGCCAGCGGCAUUUUCCGAUUCUUACAAGGCACAGGAGCCCGGCGAGCACGUGUACGAGGAGGUGCACGACCUGGCGGAGUACACGAGCAACGAGCCCGGGCCUCCCGCGAGGGCCUGGCCGGGCGCCGCCUCGGUCUCCUCGCGACGGUCCUCCUGCCACGACAGCGAGAACAGCCUCUACGGGGCGAUGGUUUGACGCUCGCAGCUGCUGGGCUGCCGACAGGGCCUCUCGGCGCUCAUUAUUUUAUAGAUGAAAAUUUUGUAACAGUAACUUUGUCUAAUCAUUUUUUAUUAUUUGCUGUGCAAAGGAACUUUACUGGAUGAAAAAAUGUAUAAAUAUAGUUUCUUCAAAA